UUUUUUUUUUCUUCAUUCAUAUCACCUUUUUUUUUAACACAAACAAAUAUUUUUUUUUUAUUUUGAAGAUGACACUCCGCGUUGCAGUACUAGGUGGAUCCAAGGGAUGUGCAAGACAUAUGGUAGCUCAAGGAUUAGAAACAGGGAAAUAUGAAUUCAUCUUGCUUGUACGCAAUCCUGACCAAGUGGACUAUAAUGAAGAGCAAAAAGCCAAAUUGACGUUGAUCAAGGGCGAUGCGUUGGAUGCAAGUGCUGUCAAACAAACAGUGGAAGGCUGUGAUCUUGUCGUGUUUGCCAUUGGUAGUACCAUCACUGCCACUUUCAAGAUGACCCAUCCAGGUUUAUGUCAAAAGGGGAUGAAUGUGUUAUUGAACGUGAUCAAAGGAAUGGAGCAUCCACCAAAGCGAUUGAUUGCCGUCACUACAACGGGGGCUAUGGAUCCGAAAGAAGUACCCUUGUUGUUCCGUCCUCUCUACCAUUGGGCCUUGGCUGAACCUCAUGCUGAUAAAAGAGAAGUUGAGAAUAGUAUUCAAUCAUCAUCUCAUCCUUUCGAUUGGAUCAUCGUGCGUCCUUCCUUACUCACAGAUGGUGCAUUGACACAACAUUAUCGUGCUGAAUCAAAUCGUUUAGUGGGGUAUACUAUUUCAAGACAGGAUGUAGGUCAUUUUUUGUUAAAUCAAUGCUUGGAUGAUGAUGAAGCUAAAAAAUGGAUAAAUAACUAUGUAGUGGUCACUUAUUAAGGUGCUUUUGUAGUAUAUAUCCUAAAUAAAACAGUAUCAUUCAUUUAAAAAAAUACAAGACAAAAAUAAAUGUAUA